AUGUUUGACAAUUUCAGGAACUGUUUGAGGAUUGCAAAAGAGAACAACAUUCAGUAUAUAGCAUUUCCAGCCAUAUCCUGUGGUGUCAAUGGAUACCCUUACGAUGAAGCUGCUACUGUGGCAAUUUCUACCAUCAAAGAGUUUCAAUAUGAUUUUAAGGAGGUCCAUUUUGUUCUCUUUGCAUCUGAUAUUUGUGAGAUUUGGCUGAAUAAGUCGGAUGAAUUGCUGAAAGAUUAG